AUGGCCACUGGAUCACUCCAUGUCACUCGAGUGUGCAUAAACAACCCAUCAAGCAAUUGGCAUUGCAAAAGCCUGAGCCAAAUCCUGCGUAGAAAAGCUUCCCUUCCUUGCUCCGUCUGCUCUCAGCCAGAUCGCAAAGCUUGCCUUCUGCUUGCCACGGCUUGCUACACAGCUCGCGGCAGUGCGACCACGCCGCUGCGCCGUCCACAGGAAGAAGAGCACACCAUCAGCAUGGGUCGUGUGGUUUAUUUCCUGAUCGCCACGCUGCUUCUGGUGUCACGGACGGAAGCUGCUGUUUUUGACGGGCUGUUGACGUGUCACCGAAUAUGUCCAGCUGUCCUGAGGCCCGUCUGCGGCAGCGACGGGAGGACCUACGACAACUCAUGCCAGCUUCAGGAGGCCCGCUGCAGCGACCCGAGCCUGGAGGAGGUGCACCCGGGGCCGUGUCCUGGGGCCGAGGCGCUGCUGCUGUAGAUGGGGAAGGAAGAAGCUCCUGGGCGCUCAUAGGGACAGUAUGCGCCCAAAGCCUCGCACAGGAAUCUCAAGGUUAGCAAAAGUCGACUGUGUAUAAAACAUGCCAGUAAAUAAAACACAUUAUGAAAACAU